AUGGACCGACGCACGAUAGAAGAACUAUUCGGAGCGAUCAGUUCGAGCUCGGAGUCCGAGACAAGCGGGUCUACUCCCGCACCACCGACCACGCCGCCGCCGACGCCUGCUCCCGCCAAGUCGCCUCCUGCAACUCCGAGUCCGGGACGGCCGCGACGUCCGCCGCGCCCGGGAACGUCGGUCCAGCGAUCCGACCGGACCAACCAACGGAAGGCCGUCCUCCUGGCCACACCACCGGAGGUAAAGCCGCGUCACCGCGGAAGGGUCGCCGCCCUGGUCAAGCCUCGACCUAACACCAGCCGUCCACCAGCUGCCAGGACCAGCAAGGCCUCGACCUCCAGGCCACCGACCGCCGGACCGCGCUCUUCCACCAGAGCCCCGAUGACCCGGCCUGCGAACAUCGGUCCGCCGACUACCCGGCCCCCGACCGCCGGCCCAACGACUGCCCGGCCUGCGACCGUCGGACCGCCUACCGCCCGGCCUGCGAACAUCGGCCCGCCGACUACCCGGCCCACGACCGCCGGCCCAGCGAUUACCCGACCUGCGACCGUCGGAUCGCCUACCGUCCGGCCUGCAACCACCGGACCGUCUGCGCCCGCCGGACCACCCGCCACCCGACAAGCAACCACCCGACCACGCACCGCCAGGCCACCUAUCGCUGGGACCAUUCCCGUCCGCUUGGGCGACGGGACCGUGGUCGAGGUCCCUGCCGGAUCGGCCAUCAUCGGGCGGAGAGUGGGAGCAGGUUCCUUUUCGCAGGGCGGAGUCUCUAAUGAUUGGUUCCCCUCUUAA